AUGGAGACAUCCAGGCAUGCAAAAAAAAAAAACUCAAACAAAAUUCACACACACAUUAUUUCCUCCUCCUUUUAUCUUGAUGCCAUUGCCAAUCUCCACCACCAUCUCCUCCUCGUCGCCGCCACAGACGGCGACAAUAACACAACAAUGGACCCCACCACCACCACCACCAACAACCUUAGCAUCCCUACACCACAAUCCUCCUCUCUCUCUUAUCAACCUUCACCAAAUAAUAAUAAUAUUUUUUCCCCUAGCAAUAAUAGCCACAUUCUUGAAAUUAGUCUCAUUUCUGCCCAGGAUUUAGCUCCUGUUUCAAAAUCUCUACGUACUUAUGCUCUCACAUGGAUCAAUCCCAAUAGAAAAAGAAGCACAAAAGUUGAUAAUGAAGGUCACAAUAACCCUACGUGGAAUGUCAAGUUCUCCUUCAAGGUCAAUGAGGAGUUCCUAUAUUCAGAGAAUUCUUCAGUCCAUGUUGAAAUUUACACUGUUUCUUGGUUUAGAGAUGUUUUAGUUGGUACAAUUAAUGUUCAAUUGAACAAUCUAAUUAACCCUUAUGUUAAUUUCCAAAAUUCAUCCAGUGGAAAAAGAUUUGUUGCUUUACAAAUUAGAAGGCCAUCUGGAAAUCCUCAAGGAAUUCUCAACAUGGGAGUGGCUAUUAUUGAAAAUUCUAUGAGAAGCAUGCCAUUACUUUGUAAUAAUGAAAUUAUGGACCCUUCUUCUUUGGAUUAUAGAGAUAUUUUAGACAAGAAAAUGAGUGAAAAUCAUCAAGAAGUUGAUGAUGAUAAAAAAAGGGAAAUAAAUGAAAAAGUACAAUUAUGGAGAUCUUUGAGUUUAGGGUAUUCCAAGGUUAACACUGACGAAUUUCCUACCAAAGGUGACUCCAUUUGUAACGGUUCAAUGGCAAAUGGCUCGAUGUGUAAUGGAUCUAUGUUAAAUGGUUCGGAGUUAUGUUCGGAUGUUGGCCCAUCAGCUUCUAUUGUUGCAGCUGAGAUAGCCGCUAAAAGAUACCAACAGCCACCAUCGUCAGCACAACCCGAGUCACCACAAGAAGUGGAGACCAAACAAUCAAAGGAAAUGGAAGAUGGAGAAAGCUCAAUAAUAUUCGGGGAUUUAACAGCAAAGGAAGCGUAUGCAAAAGGGUUAUUAUCAUCAAGUAGGGAGAGAUUGAGGAAAGAGAUGGUGGCGACGAUGCAGACGCAAGCGGUGAACGGAGAACAUGCACGACGGAACUCCGACGGAGGAGGGUUGUUUUCUUGCUUUGGAAAUGCGUAUGGUAUUGAGUUUAGAAUUGUUUGCGGAGCGAACAAUAACAACAACAAUAAUAAUGUUGGGAAUAGUAGUAGGAUUCCUAAUACUAUCAACAAAGGUAGAAAAAAAUGGUCUAGUGAGACAAAUUCAGCAUGA